AUGCCUGUCCUCACAUCAGCCGGCAGCGACUCGGAUUCCUCCCAGCUCAGUGGCCGUCUUCAUGGAGGCCAGUCAGUAUUUUCCAGAUCCAGCCUACUACUACUCAUCUGCACCUCCACGGCUGCAAUCGCAGCCUUGUACAUCCUCCAGAAGCUCGUGCUGCCUCGCUUCUCUGCGCCGCGCCCUGGGCACUAUAUCAGCGGCAAUUCCUGCCCGCCACGAGGAUCUGCCUCCUGGAUCUCGUCUGACUCGAAGAAGCCGCACCUUACAAGCAGCUGGGCAAAAGCCAGACAGGGACAGGGUCAGUUCGAAAAGCAGGCUAGCUGGACCAUAAGCAGAGGGGAAGCAAGUGGCACAGCGCCGGUGGGAUUGGGUGGGCCCGUCGAAGGAAGCAGCCUUGUUAGGAGCAUGGAACAAGAGGAGAAGACAACGCACACCGGAAGAAAAGGGUCACGUGGGGUCAGCAACGACUCGAGCUACGGCGCCGGACAGGAGUCAAGCGGCCUGCCUCGUCCUGACCUUCCUCCCUUCCCCGCCGCUGCUGAGGAGAGCGGUCAUGUCAGAACAUCAUCAUUCCAUCAUCCACCGCCCUUGGGCGGUGUUGGCGAUGAGUUGUCGGGCUCCGCUGAGCAAGAAAAUAAUAGCAUGGAUGGUGACUUCGUCGCGAGACAGUGGGGCUAUGGAGGUCUCAUGACCACGAGUCGCUCUACGGCUCCCUUUUUCGGUCAUCCUUAUGGUGUAGCUGACGACUUGGGAGUAACUUACUAUCCGGAUGGUGGUUUCAAUGCCCUCUCGGUCGUGGGCAGAGGGGGGCUACCAGCACAACAGCACCUCGAGCUGGACUCCUCUAGACAACCACAGUCUCGGUCCAUGACCCCUACAAAUCGGACCACAAGCUCGUCACAGCGCGGCCGCCAAACGUCUUUUGAAAAUCGCGGGCCAGUCGCGAGGUAUGCGCAGUCGACUCCCACCGAGUUAGAGGCCGUCGCCAUCGACUCACCAGGCUCUGGAUACUACCCGGGGCAGACACCUGGCUACACCAUGGAUGGGACAAGCCCGAUCACUGAAAAUUCCGGGGAAGGAUCUCAAGCCGGUUCCAGCCACUACUCACUUUCCUCCAGCUCGUCCACGCGCAGAAGUUCCACCAGAAAUAUUUCCAUACCUGCAGGGGCCGACGGACCCAGCUCAGCCGGGCCCAUGGACGGAUACCACGGCCGAAGUCCUCGCUCGAGCAACUCAUUCUCCCCCUCCUCAUACCCACCGGCCUCUCCUCUCCUGCCCCCUCCACCGAUAUCCGACUACCCCUUUGACCCGGCCGCGGUCAUGUUCCCCGGGCCAGGCGCAGUUGACGGAGGAGUCAGAGUCGUGUACAUGGACCACGACCAUGACCAUGGCCAUGACCAUGAGGAUAGUGGCCACGGCGAAGCCGCCGACUCCUACGGUCAUUCCGGCGGCAGCAGCUGGACGCGGCACACCCGCGUGUACGGCGGGGGUGGGGUGUGCCUCGCCUGUGCUGCGGCCGGGGGCGGUGGGUUCUACGGCGCGAGGGUCCGGCCCGAGGACAAGCGAUAA